AUGAGCUUCCCCCUGCAUGACCUCAAUUGGAAUGGCUUCAUGCCCGUCAAGGUUAAGGUGUUCACAUGUGUUCUACGGCAUGGUAACACUCAUACGCCGGACUUCCUACAUCGGAUCGGCUUCCUCGAGCAUGACGACUGCCCCUUUUGCCCCGGGCGGCCUAAGGCAAUCAUGCACCUAUUCCUCGAGUGCCCCCGUUUACAACCAAUGUGGGCGCGUGUCCUCGGCCGUCACAAGCUCACCUCCUCCCUUCCAGAUCACCGCCGCCACCUCCCUCCGGUGGAGCUCGCCGUUGUCCAUGGCCUGCCCCUGGCCCGAGGUCCUUCGCUCCUCCAGACCCGGCCUCCUCCUCGGUCCUGCCCGACGCGUUCGACCGGGGCUCCGACGCCUACGCCCGCAACGCCGCCACCGUCGGGGGCCUCCUCUCCGACCUGCGCUCCUACGUCUCCUAGGGACGUCCGGUUCGUCAACGUCAGGGACGACGAUGGCCCCACGCUGCUGCACCUCGCGGCCAGGCAAGGCUGGCCGGGCUGCGUGCAGGUGCUGCUGGAGAACGGCGCCAUCGUGUCGGCAUUGACCGGAUCAUAUGGCUUCCCUUGUAGCACGUCGUUGCAUUUGGCGGCUCACAACAGGGACUUGGAUUGUAUCCGGAAGCUGCUUGCGUGGGGAGCUGAUCGGCUCCAAAGGGACUCUGCUGGUUUUAAUUGCAAGGAUGGGAGGUGGAUGCCCGCACGGAUCCGGCGCCUCCGACCUUGGCAUCCACAAGGAGGAGCGGCGACAACUCUGGACCCGUCUGUUGGUGCUGCUGAUUCUGCUUGGACGGACAUGCUGCCUCUUCCAUGUCGACUACAUGCCAUGGACGACCACCGGGACCUCCAUGGCGAUGAUGAAGCCUUGCACAUGGUCGAGCUCGAUGGAACAACAGUGCCUCGGUGUGGUGCAGCCGAGUUGGGCCACACCAGUGCAUCAGGAACUCUGCAUGCUGAUGUCCUUUGUCUCAUCAUCUUAACUACUACAGUAGUAGGAGUAUUUUAUAUGUUGUUCAUUUCUUGGCCACCUAGCAUGUUUGCUAAUCAUCCAUCUGCCUCAUGUUAUAUGAUCCCUACCUAGUAACUUCAUUGUAUGCAGACUUGUGGUGAUGGUUCAGUUUAGUCAAACUAAUAUGUGUGUGUGUGUGUGUGUGUAUACUGCUAUGCUACUACUACUGUCUGCAUUUAAUCCUGAUUAGUAGCUUCAUCAAUCAGUGGCAAACAAAACAGUGUUGAUUUGCAUCUUAUUUUUGUGACAACCAAUGGAGUUGAAUUACAGCAUGCAUGUCAAACCUGGGUUCAACUCUUGGGCAAUAUAUGGUAGUUUCCACUCUUCACGCCCAAGAUUAGUAUGCUGCAGCUCUCCCUCCUCACUCCAUACAUCCAGGUACUAGUUACCCAACGAGUAGCCCUACACCUCGUUGGAUCUUGCCCAAAUUCCACUCAUCUUGCUGCUUGUGGCAGGGAAUACUCUCUGUUGAGUAUUUUGAGGAAUGAAGAUCUGUUAAGUAUGGAGUUAGGAUUAUCUAAUAAAAUUUCUGCUAUAUAUAUAUAUAUGCAUGAAACUGAGAUUGCUAGCAUCAUUUACACAGGAUACGCCCUUUGAAUUGAUUGGUUCAGUUUCGUAUGUUCUUCACCCAGCCUUCUAUCAUGCUUGUAACUGGUGCACUGCUCAUCUUGUAAGACAGGAUAUUCACUUCCUGCCAUCCCAGCCUUCUAUCAUGCUUACAAGAUUUUUCUUUGCACGGCAGCAGCACCAGUACCUUGCUGCUGUUGGGAACGGAAGGGAGCUGUUCCGUGCACCGAAUCUAAGUUCUGGUCUCUCUUAAGAGACACUUCUAGCUUUUCUGACUCAAAAUUGUUAACUUGGUACUGCAUGAGUUUUACUACUGCUAACACAGAGAGUAUUUACUACUGCCGACACAGAGAUUUUGUAUGCAUGCUACCUGAUGAGUGAUUUCUUUGUAAUAUUUCACCUUCGUAUGCAUAGGUUUGUUCGGUUUGAACUCUGCAUGACAUGAAAUAGAUAUUUAUAGUGUUUUUCUCAACUUGUUUUCACUGCCACUUGAUAUAUACUUGCUUGUACUUGAAGCUGUGGGUUAAUGUUGGUGGUUUUGUUCUACUUGGAUGCAUUGGUACCCAUCAUCGAGCGGACGGAUGCAACAGUGGCAAGAAGCUCAUGGUUGUGUGCAUCUAAAGCACAUCAUGGACAUCAUCCACUUCCUCAUCAAUGCUAACUCAAUCCAGAUCAUCGUCGACGCUAUCAUCCACAGGAUGACAAAGGAAGCCAUGUUGCUGUUUUGUUUGGUCCCAGCCCUGACUAUCGCUGUCCAGCGAGUCCGACGUGUUGUUCAUCUGACUACGGUCCCAGCCCUGACUACCGAAGUUUUUGUCCUAUUGAAGUUGCUUAGAAAUACGAGCGAGUCCAGCGAGUCCAGUAUGUUGUUCAUGACAAGAGCUUGUGAAACAGUACUAUAUUACAAUUGUAGAGCUUGUUACACUUGUAGAGCUUGGAAAGUAUUGUAUUACACAUGGCCCUUUGUAGUGGCAUGGAUAGAGCUUGUAUUAUGUGAUCUGGUUGCUCUUGUUUAAGUAUUAUGUGUGUUUUUGUC